UUGUACAAUAUUCUCAAUCACCUUUAACAUAUUUAAAUCUAGCGACAUCGUUGUGAAAUUAUCCUUCACCUGAAACUAAUAUGGCACCCCAUUAGGGCCAUGACAACUUGAAGGCCUCAAGUUCUUGAUGAUCUCUGAAGAGUCUUCAUCUGGGAUUACUAGAUCGGCUAGCCGUCAUAAAAAUCAAUCACAGUUUUACCUUAACACAAAUGGAGUUGAGGGUAUAUGACUGAACUCGUAUGUCAAACAUGGUGCAAAAUUUAGGAUGACAUACUGGAGAUGAAUGUCUUUUUUGGAGCACAAUAUUAGCACGUACUGUUUAAGUUCAUGGUCACUUUUGUUCUCUGAGUAUAGAAAAGAUUUUUUUGUUUUUUUUUGGCGAUAAUUACAUACAGUUGACGAAAGUCAUUUGUUUCUUUUUUUAAUAUGUUUAGAGUUUGACAUAGGUUGUAUAUUGAAUUCAUUGAUCAAAGUGUUACUAAAAACUCCCGAGAGUAAAAAGUUCCAGGUUAUUCGGCAAACAUUUUAUGUAUGCGCGACAGCCAUCAUCAGCUGAACCGAUAUCAACUUUCAUUAUUUAUUUCUCAAAGAAGCAUUUUUAUGCCCAAUAAAAGGUGAAAGAGAAAAAUUUUUGACGAUCUCAAUUUUCAUAUCAUGGAAGAAUCUUUGAAGCGGGAUAUUUCGACACUUCAGUUGUCCCAACAUGUGUGCACAUUUGUUGGCUCAUUCGUUACAAAUCCCUCCUCUCCAAUGUAAUAUAGGGAUUGAUAAUGGUAUUUUUCGUUUGCGCACGUGUUCGCUCCGUGCAAGCCAAUUCGUUCCCAAAAGCUAAAACUGUUGCACCUCACAAGUGCUGCCGGGUCUUGCCGAUAUAGCUUAGUGAGGCCAGAAGUUGUUCAGAUGGUAAACCACUUGUGAGCGCCAUUUUGUCCGCUCUCAAAGAUCCAACUAUGAAAAAAAUCAACCAUUCUUCUUAAACCAUGGAACUUUGGAGUCUCCCAGAGGAUGAGAAAUUGAUCACCGGCAUAAGUCCCUUAAGUGAAAGCUUAUCGGAGUCACCGGAGGCUGAUUUCAUCACCGAGGUUUCUCUUCGAGACAUACCGGUGGUGAUUGAGUCAGAAGAGCCGUGGAACUUAUCCAAAGAGCGUGGCCCUCUAUUGAAUCUACCCGAGGUUGGUGCCACUCCUCCUGAGCCAAGAGACACGAAGCAAUACACUUGUAGUGUGGACGGGUGUCACAAGGUCUACACAACCCAGAAUCAUUUAAAAGUUCAUUUGCGUAGUCAUAGUGGAAUCAAACCCUUUCGAUGUCUGCACCAGAACUGCGGCAAGAGUUUCGCCACGAAUUACAGUUUGAAGGCUCAUACUCGCGUUCACACGGGAGACCGACCCUAUGGCUGUAAGACAUGCGGGAAGUCGUUUAAGACUUCGGGGGACAUGCAAAAACAUGUCCGGAUUCACACAGGCGUCCGACCGUUCGUAUGUCAGACCUGCCAAAAGGCCUUUACUACCUCAAACAUACUGAAGGUCCACAAGCGAACCCACACUGGAGAGCGACCAUAUGGUUGCGAAGUGUGCAAGAAAAACUUUGCUUCGCACACCAAUUUAAAAAAUCAUCGUCGGAUCCAUUCUGGCGAGAAGCCUUACGUGUGUGAGAACGAAGCCUGUGGUCGCCGCUUCACGGAGUAUUCAUCCCUGUUCAAGCAUCAACUGGUCCAUGUUCCAUUCAAACCAUUUCCAUGCAAGUUCUGCGACAAAGGCUAUCGCUUGGAGUCUACUUUGAUGCUUCACUUGCGCACAGCUCAUAAUUACGGACCCGAGGAAGAGAGCUACCAGCAACUCGGGGAUCAAGAGGGACAAGAUAUUGGCGGUAAUUCGAGUACGAUCGAACUCCAACCACCCAAGAUUAAUGAGCCUGAGCAAUCGCCCAGCAACGACACCGCAACCACUUUCGUGCUGCAAGGAUCUACCAGGCUCUUUCAUUUGCUGGAAAACCAUGAGAUGCUUAGAAAUGGGAUGGCUGAAGUCAUGAUUGUCUGCACCAAUUGAGAUUUGUCUCAAUGAAGUCGUUUGUCCUUUUGAUACAAUAAAAAUGGCGGCCAUAACAAAAGUUCGCUUCUGUUUCAAUUGAUUGUGGUUUGAGCUUUUUGUCUUUCAAUUUAGUUAUUUGAUGGCAGGUUAGACAUGUAUUGAAAUUCAUGGUCAGAACCAUCUUCAAGCAUGUGACUACAAUAUAAAACUGAAAUUGGCUAGCUUUGAGAUGCUAGUUCAUUGACAGGAAAUAUUCGAUCAAUCUUAACUCAUAUUGUCAUUGAAAAUUUCAAUGAAUAGCGAC